UAGACUUUACAUUUUGAAGUAUAGGAUUACAAUUUGCACGGUAUUUUUAUGUAAUUAUUAGUAAAAUCAUUGUAAAUAUUGUACAGUUAAUUAAAUAUGGACAUGGAUGUAUUCAGUUUUAAUUACAUAGAGAUGUGAGAGGUAAAAAUACUUCAAAAACGAAUGGUAUCCACAAAUAGUAACGUGUUUCCAUUUUGACAAUUUCAGUAAUAUAAAUAAAGUUUAUAAUGUGGGGUGCAUCGGAAGAACCACCAGGAAAAGAGAAAGAGAUAGAAGAGGAGACACCUGAAUCUAUGAUACAUGCAAAAGAGAAGUGUGAACAAAACAAAAAUCAAUUGGAAUCUCUGAAAGAAAUUAUGUUGAAAAAUAAGCAAAGUUUAAAGAAGAAAGAAGAAGAGGUUCAGGAAUAUGCAAGGAGGCUUUCCAAAAUUAAAUCUAGAGCUAAAUUAUCACGCCAAAGUAGAGAUGGAAAUUUUCCAUGUAAAGAUGUAACACAUACAUCUGAGGUAACUUCAGCAGGCAUCCCUGAAGAAACUAUUGAUGAUAUUAGUCAAGCAAAAACUGCAAAAGCAAAGUCAACUUUACUCCAAAAGAAGUUAGCAGAGAAUAGGAAGGCUUUUGAGCAACGUAAUAAAGAAAUAAGUGAAACUAAACGAGCAGUUGAAGAAAAAGUAGAAGCUAUUAGGCAACAAUUAGAAGAAAAAGAUAUGGUAGCAAUGGGUCAUCAAAAGGAUCUGUUGUCUGUUACACCUAUUAAGCCAAUCAUGAUUACUUCUGAUGUCAUGACACCAGUACAAAUUGAAAGUAUUAAAGAAAAAGAAAAUAAAAUUACAGAACUUAGUAAUAAAAUUUUGGAGCUUGAAGCUACAGUUAUGGAUCUUCAGGAAAACUUAAAAGAAAAAGAUUCUGUUAUUGAAUCUAAAACAAAAGCAGUUACACUUAUGUCUGCUGACUUGUCGAAAAAAGGUAAAACAACGUUGGAUACUCUCGAGGAUACGAAAGACGAAAUGCGAACGAUGCAAGAACACUUUGUACUUCUAGAAACAUCAUUAAAAAAUAAGAAUGAAAAUCUCUUAAUGCAACUACAAGAAAGAGAUAAUAAAGUGGCAGCUCUCGAAGAAUCAAUUGAUCGAUUUAAAACACAGAUUGACGAGCAAAAAUUAUCUGAAUCAGCAAGUGCUGAUUUCUCUCGUUCUACGAUGGACACUUUGAUAGAAACCAAAGAAGCCAUGAAAUCAAUGCAAGAAAAUUUUGUACUUAUAGAAUCUUCACUAAAAACGAAAAACGAAAAUUUGCUACAACAGUUACAAGAUUAUGAGUUAAAAUUAGCAGAAGCUAAUGAACGAGUAUUCAAACUGGAGUCUGGUAUUGGAAUAGUCAAAGAUCCAUCUGUUGAUUAUUUACAGUUCAAUUUGGAAAAAUUGGAACAUAGCAAUAAACAGUUACAAGAUGAAAAGUAUGAGUUACAAAAAAGUGUUGCAGAAUUGCAAGAUAAAAUUGUAAAUAUAUCUAUGCAUGGUAAUGGUGCAUUAAUCGAAAAAGAUAAUAGAAUAGUUGAACUUGAGAAUUUAGUAGAAGAGCUAAAACAAUCUAAUAAACUUCUCGAAGAAGAAUCUAAAGCAGAAUUGCAAAAGCAAGUAGUGGAUUUAACAUUAAAAAAUGAAGAAUAUUCAAAUAAGAUAACUGAUCUUGAAAACUUGGUACAUAAACUUGAAGAACAAAAGAAUGAAAUUGCAGCAAAGUUGUCAGAGGAGGGUGCUGUUACAGAAGAUGAAAAAGUGGUGAAGCUUACUAAGGAAUUAGAAGAAUUAAAUAAGGGCAUGAUCAAAAUUAAAGCACAACAUAAGAGUAAAGUAAAAAGUUUGCAGAAACAGUUGGAGAACUUCAAAAAGGUGUCUGAUGCAAAUGCGGAACUUGUCAAAUUGGGGAAUCGAGUGGCAUUAUUAGAGGAGGAGAAAGCCUCAGCAGGAGAUUGGCAAGAACGUGUUGUUGAUCUAGAAAGUAAAGUUUCUGCUCAAACAAAAGAAAUUGAAAUGCAAAUUGAAGCCAUUGCCACUCUAGAGAAUCAAAAAUUGGAUCUUAUGCAAGAGCUUCAUAUGGCUAAACAAGAGAUCUCGUCUCUAGAAGCGGAAAAUGCAGAAUCCGAGAAUCUUAGAGUAACUGCAGAAAUGAAAGUGGUCGAUCUUGAAGAGCAAUUAGAAGCUAUGCAUAAAGUGCAAAAUGAAAAUAAAUUAGAAUCUUUACCAGAAGUUAAUCACGCAGAACUGAUUAAACAAGUGGAAACUUUAAUACAAGAAAAUGCAGAGUUAUAUAAUAGAAUAUCAAAACUCGAAGAAAAAGGAACAUCUGAUACUGGAUCUACGGAAUCGUUUGAAGCUAUACAGGAAUUAGAUAAAACCGAUUUAUUGAAAAAGAUUGAAGAUUUGACACAGAAAAAUAACGAAUUGACUCUUAAAUUAAAUAAACUUCAGGAAAAACAAAAUUUCGAUGCUGAAUCUAUGGAAUUGGUAAAUGAUACUGAUAAAAAUGAAUUAUUGAAGAAAAUUGAUCGAUUAACACAAGAAAAUACAGAUUUAACAACGAAAUUGACUAGAAUGGAAGAGAAAGGAUCUUCUGAUACAGGUUCAACCGAGUCUUUUGAACGGAUUCCAGAGAACAAUGAGAACAUGACGAAAAUUGAGCUUCUGACCCAAGAAAAUAAUGAACUUGUAAUUAAACUUACAAAACUUGAGGAGAAAUUAGAAUAUAUAGAAUCUAAAUCAGAUGUUGACUUAAAAUUGAAAAUUGAUACUUUAUUACAAGAAAAUGAUAAUCAAUCUGUGGAAUUAUCGAAACUUAGAAUUCAAGUAGUGGAUCUCAUUGAAGAGAAUAAUAAACUGCAGGAAGAGAUUAAAAUAUUGUCUGUAAAUAAUACCAAUGUAACUGUUAUGUUUACUGAGUCUGAAGAUCACGGUUCUGAAAUUGAAACUAAACAAUCUGAAAUUUCUGAAAUGUCAAAGAGGGAAGUUGAUUUAAAAAUACAAAUCGACAUGUUAAUUGAAGAGAAAACUCUUUUACAAAAGGAAAUAAAAGAUUUGCAUAAUUCAAUGAAACAGUGGCAUGAAACGACUCAGGAUCUCCAAAUCAAUGAUUUGAGGGGCAAAAUAGAAGAAUUGUUAAAAGAAAACGAGGAUGUAGCUACAAAGGUAUCGGAACUUGAAACCUACAAUCAGAAGUUAAAGGAAAAUUUAUCUCAAAUGGAACAGGAAAAAGAAAAUUUACAUUUAAAAAUUAAUCAAAUGUUGAAGGAUGAUUCUGACAAUGAGAAAUUAGAACUUAUUGAAAAAUUAGAAAAACUGAAUCAAGAAAAACAGAAAGCUGCCCAGGAAAAAGAGAAACUUAAUGAACAAAUUAGCACUUUUUUACAAAAAUCUAAUCAAGAAUUACUUGAUAUGCCAUUAUCAGAUGAAUCUCUGCCUCAGAAAACCGAGUCGAUGAUCGUUGCUUCCUUGGAACAAGAGAUAGAAAAGUGCAAAACUUUGAUUGCAGAACAAACAGGUCUAAUCGAAGAAAUGAAAAUAAAGCUUGCAAACAAGGAAGAAGAGUUAGAAGAAAAGGGUAAACAGAUUGUGGAAUAUGAAAAGUCUGGAAAGAAAGCAGAGAGUUUGGAAAAUGAAUUGAAAGAAAUGUUCAGUACUAUAGAAGAAUGGAAACACAAGUGCAAUGAAAUGGAAGAAAAAAUGGAGAAACUGGAAAUGGGAAAAGCUUCUAUUGAAGAAGGAUUCAAAAUGUUACAAAAUGAAAAUAAAAUCUUAUUAGAAGAAAAGAAAGAGAAAGAUGCAGAAGCUAUCUCACUGAAACAACAGUUGCAGGACAUAACGACGACAUUUGAAUUAAAGCUUGAAAAGCAGCUUACAGCUGCCUCUGAAAAGGAUAAUGAAAUUGCCAGUCUGAAAGAAAUCACCAUUGAAAAAGAACAAGAAUUGCAAGCCAAAUAUAUAGAACUCCAAAAUAAAAUGAUUACAAUAGAUAGUUUGCAGGAUGAAUUGAACAAUUGUAAAAUAUUAGUCAAAGAAAAAGAUUCUGCAUUGACAUCGAUAUCUAAUGAGGUUGCAAAUCUUAAUAAUUUAGUGAAGAUUAAAGAAGAAGAAAUACAUUCCUUGAAAAAAGAUAUCUUUGAACUGAAUGACAAAUUAAAAGACUCAAUAUCAUUGAAAGAUUAUAAUGACUUGCUAGAACAAUUGAAAGAUAAAAAUAUGAUUCUUGAUGAAUUAGAGUGUAGGAUCAAUGCAACCACGAAAGAAAAUAACAAUCUGUCGGAAAAAAUAAAAAAUCUCUCUCAGCAAAAUAGCGAUCUUCAAAACCAACUAGCUGAGAAACAACGGGAAUUUAUUGAUUUGAUAAAAACGAAAGAUCAUUUAGAAGCACAAAUUGUAGAAUCUAAAACUGAAAAAGGUGAAGCUGAAAGGCAAGUUUGGGAAUUGCAAAACAUUAUAGAUAAUGAUGCAAAAUUUGUUAAUGAUUUGCAAACAGAAUUAAGAAGUACUCAUAAACAAGUAGACCAAUUGAAAGCGAAACAUGCCGAAGACAUGCAGCUACAACAUCAGAAAUUUGAGAACAUAAUUGAAGAAUUAAAUGCCAAGGUGCAAGAAUGCGAAAGGUUAAAAGAUGAGUUGGAAGAGAAGGAGAGACAGGUUCAUCAUAAUAUAACUGAAGAAGCUAGAGUUACUUUAGAAGCGAAAGUCGCCUUGGAAGCAAAAGUUGCUGAUUUGGAGCAAAAAUUGAAGAAUUCUGAAGAUAAGAUACAAAUGCAACUAGAAAAAAUGAAGAAAAUCGCGGCGAAUUUGAAAAAGAAGACGGUUAUGUGUCAGGAGCUUGAGACUAGAGUUAUCGAACUUGAAGAAAAAUGGACAACUGAAAAGGAUGAAAAAGAAGCUAAAAACACGCAAAUUCAGGAUGUACAAAUCGCUAUGUGUGAAAAAGAUAACAGAAUAGCCGAUCUGGAAGAAAAAUUAGUGCAAGUUAAAAACGAAUUUGUUGAAUCUUGCAAGAAUAUGGAGAAAUUGGCAAAUGAUUUGACUACUUUGAAAGGGAAAAUGUCUGUAUUUAUGGAACAAAUUGCGGAAACAGAGGAGAAAAUUGCAAAAUUACAUGCAGUUAUUGAAACUUCUACUGCAAAACUUGAAGCAGAGAAAGAGAGCAAACAGAAUAUAAUUUCGGAGUAUGAAUCUUAUAAACAACAGGUUAUUCAAGAAAAUGAAAGUAAGCAAUUAGAGCUGGAGGAGAUGAAGGAGAAAGCUAGAGAGCUUAGUGUACGAAUGCAAGUUAUGGAGGCAGAGUAUGUUGAGCAGCUUGCAUUAAUUAAUAAUCUUAAAGCUGAAAAUGGCCUAUUAUUGUCAAAACAGGCGUAUAUCAACGAAAAAAUGGAGACUAUUGAGAAAGAGUCGGAAGAACGAAGAUUGUUGAUUGAACAAAUGGAGAAAGCAGUUGUUAAUACUUCUACAGUAACUACGCAAACCUCAGAAGAUGAAGUCACUGAGGAUGAUACGAAAACGACGGGAGUACAACACUGCAGCCUAUGCGAACAGUGCCAGACUUUAGUGGAGGCAUUAGAAGCGAAAUUACAAGAACGAGAAGCUGAAAUCGAAAAUCUGGAUAACGAACUGGCUAAUUCGAUUGGUAACUUUGUUGAGAUGAGAGAAUCACUUAGAUUCAAUGAUUUGAUGAACCAAACCAGCAUGAGGAACAGAUCAUUGGAGGAUUCAUACAACGAUCUUUUGCUCCAGCAUAAUUCAUUAGUAUCGAAUCAUGAGGAGGUAAAAGCAAAAUUGGAAGAAGCCUCAAAGGAAAAUAAGGAAUUAAUAGGAAAGCUUGAGGAAUUACAAUCAACAAAUGCCACUUUGGAUGAAAAGGUAGUUACAAUGGAACAAGCACUAAAAGAUAACAAACUCGACAUAGAAAGAUUGCAAAGCGUUGAUUUAUCAAACGCUGAUUUAACUAAGAAGUGCAAAGAACGCGAAGCAGAAUUACUCAACAUGCAACGGGAAAUGCAAGUUGUUCAAGAACGUACCAGUCAACUAGAAGAACAAUUAAACUCUCAAACAGAUUCUCUUAAACUCAUGGAGGCAGAGAGAGUAGAGAUAGAAAAGUUAUUGCAGGAUACUAAAUACAGUUUGGAACAAGAAAUCGUGACUCUUAAAAUCGAUAAAGAAUCUAGUGAAAGGAAAAUAAAUGAUUUAAAAACAGAGUUAGAAGUGUACAAAAAUCAGAAUACGGAGUCUACGGAAAAAUCAACAGUAGUAAAACAAGAGGCAUCUGUUUCUGCUAGUGAUCUUCAAGAUAAUGCUCCGCAGUUAUUCGACGCUUCCAAAUUCUUUGGUAUGCCAUCUGGUUCCGAUUCUGAUCUUCGGGCUGAUAAAGAGAUGAAAAGGUUGCAAACCUUAUUAGACGAAAAAGAGGUAUGGUGUUCUAAUUUGACUCAAGAGAUCAAUCACCUGCAAAAACUAAUGACUGAAGAGAGAGUCCAAAUGUCCCAGAAUUACAAUCAACGCGUUGAAGAAUUAGAAGUCUCGCAAAAGCAACUGCGUGAUGUACAAGCAAAUUUAGAAAAACUAGAACAAUCAUUGAUUGAAAAAGAAAAGCAUAUUGAUUCAUUGAAUAUGCAGUUACACGCUCUUAACACGCAAUUAAUAGAACAGCAAAAUGAUGCGGACAACAAAUUUAAGGAAUCACUUUUAACUAAAGACAAUCAAGUGGAGGAACUAAAUAUGAGCUUGGUUUCCAUGAAAGAAGCAUUAAACAAAACGAUUGAAGAACGAGACCAUCAAAACAUCGUUUUGGAGUCGUACAAAUUACAGAUAAACAAUUUGGAAGCGGAAGUAAGAAGUUCGACUGAUUUCGAAAUGACACAAGACCUGGAAAAUCGUGUUUCAGUACUUACCAAGGAGAGGGACUUGCUACAGCUGCAGGUGAACGAUUUAACCAGAUCCAUGGAGGACUUGAGGGAUUCCAUGAACGUUGGUCGAAAUUUGCAGGUGGAAAUCGAGAAAAUUGCUCGUGAGAGGGACCAAGCUAAAGAACAGGUUGCAAAUCUCACUCGAGCUUUAGAAGAUGCUUAUAAACAGUCUGAAAUAUCCACUACGGAUACCUCGACGAAAGAAUCUACUCCAUUAGAGGAGAUUACGGUUACACAGCAGCAGGAACCGGAAACUACAAAAGCUACUACACAGGAAAUUCAGCAAGAAACUUCUUUGGAUGUUGGACGUACGUGGGAUACAGAGUCGACGCAGAAACUUAAUGUCGACGACGAAACGUGGGGGUGGAAUGCGGAAGAUGCUCAGUUGGCUAGUGAACAUCUCACCACUACGUUGAUUCCUAGCGCGGAAAUACAGUUACGUGUCAAAAUAAAUGAUCUUCAAGAUCAGGUCAAAGAUCUAGAGAAAGAGAAGGAAAAGAUACUAGAAGAAAACAAGACUGCUCAAUUGAGGAAUGCGAAGAUGAUAAAGAAGUUGAAGGAAUACAAGGUACACAUAGAGAGUCUUCAGCAACAAUUAAAAAUACAGAAGUCAGCAAGUGACUUUUACGAAUUGGAUUCCGCGAUAGAAGAAGAACUGAAAUCACAGAUAACUAAAUUGGAGAAAUCUUUGAGCGAAGUAAAAGAGGAACAGAAAAAUACAGUUAACGAGAAAGAGGCUCUGGUGAAACGUUUAGAUGUUGUAGUCUCUGCAAACGAUAGGUAUAUGGAAAUGAAGGAAAGACAAGAUAUGGAUAUGGAAGUGUUGCGUAUUCGAAACAAGGAAUUAUCAGAUAAAGUCGAAACUCUUGAGAAACGAUUACAGGGAGUUACAGUCGGUUCGGAGGAAACCGACGUUUCACAGGACGUUGAUGUUGCUUCGAGCAAAGAAGCCAAACCAGCAGCACUGGAACGUUCUCGGGAAAAGCGAUCCGUCAAGGAAACGGACUAUAAGGCUUUGUGUAAAAAAUACAAGGAUGAGAUGGACGAUCUUAAAGAUGAGAUGGAAGCGCUUGCAACUGAAAAUGAACAGCUUCAACGCUUUUUGGAGGAGCAAAAGAUUAAAUUAUCUGCUUUAGAAUCGAAACGAACUGUAGAGGAAAAUGAAUCUUUAGUAAUCGUGGACGAUUUAAAUAAAAGAAUUUCGGAAUUGCAGAGCAUGUUGAGUAAAUCUAGGGAGGAGUAUGAUUUGUUGAGGAAACAGUACGAACAGAGUUUAAUGGAUGCUAAUGAUCAAGUUACAGCCAUGAGACAGAACAACGAUAUCUUGAAGGAGGAGGCGUUUGAGAAGAUCAGUAAGUUGGAAAUUCAAAUAACCGAAUUGCGUCAACAAGUCGAGAUCUCGGAGACGAAUGCCAUGGAGCUACAUAAAACUUUGCAAAACACUUUGCAAGAAAAGGUAGGCCUAGAAGAAAAAUUGUCCGCUUUAAUGGUAUCUUCGGAAAAGCAGAUAUCUUCUAUGAAUGCGUCUAUGGUGGAGGUGACCGAUCUCUUGAAUAUCAGGAUACAAGAAGUGGCUGAUUUGAAGCAAGAACUUCAAAGACAGUACGUGGACCGUGAAAAAGCACAGACAAAGUUGCAGGACACUAUACAGGAAUUGAAUCAAGAGCUCAUUAAAAAGAAGCAACAACUGGAGACACUGAAUAAAUCUUUUACUGAGAAAGAAAAUGAAUUUAUUCAGCAACAGAGUAUGGAAGCUGUUAGUGCCCUCGUAAGUCAAGCUACACAAGAAUUAGUACAAAAACAUGUGAUAGAAAUUGAAGAAAAGGAGAAACAAGUACGAAAUCUUAAUGAAAAAUUAUCAUCGUUAGAAGCAGUUGUGGCCGAGUAUUCACUCGAGAAGCAGAAUAAUUUCCUACAGCUUGAUUCUAAACGACAGGAGCUGGAACAUUUGAAGCAAAAUUUAGUGGAGAAGGAAUCGAGUUUAGAAUCUGUCCAGAAGAAUUUAACGUCGGUAAAAGAACAGUUGACUGGGAAACAAUUGGAAUUAUCUGAAAACGAGGAAAGAAUUCAGAAGCUGGUAUCAGAGAAUCAAAUGUAUAUGGAAAGUAUUAACAAACUGCACGAACGUUUGAAUCAAUUCGAAGAAAUGUCGAUCAAUGUAAAUGAAUACGUGUUACGUAUUCAAAGUUUAAUGCAAGAAGUCCAAAACUUGAACUCUAGUUUAGCAGAGAAGGACUCAAUUUUGCAACAGUAUGCUGAACAAUCUACAGAGUACAGGACAAUCAUAGAAAAUAAUAAAAUUGAAAUUGGCGAACUUCGUAUGGAAAUGCAAAACAUAGAAGAUUUGAAGAAUGAACUAUUAGGAAAAACCGAGCAAAUAGAUAAUUUAAAUAUGGAAUUGGAAGCGACUCGUAGGACUUUGGAAGAAACCAGAUACGGUUUGAAUGAAAAGAUAUCUUUGUUAGAACAGAAUAAUCGGAUACUGAACGAAAAACAAAUGGAAGUGAAUAGAUUAUCAAGUAUACAACAAAAUCAAGCUCAACAGAGUUCUUCUAAUAUUAUAGAUGGUUUACCUGUUUUUAGAAUGGGCGAUGAUGGACAAAAUUUACAAUAUACGAUAAAUACCUUGCAGGCUGAACUGAGAAAGAAGCACGAAGAGAUCGAGCAUUUAAAAUAUAUCCUAAAUGAGAACACAUAUCCCAAUAUAAUUCAAGAAAUGCAACAAAGGAUCGAUUGCCUGUACAAUGAAAAGGCUGAGCUGCAAUCUUCUUUAGAGCUAACUAGUAAAACAGUCGAAGAAAAGGAGAAGAAGAUCAAUUCUCUAACGCAGCAAAUGGAAACACAAGACCAACAACACGUGUCUAAAGAAGAAGCGAUUCUCUUUUCCAGAGAUCGAAGAUCGAUUCAAGAUCAAGAGCUACUUGUUAGGCUGCAGAAUGAGUUACAUGCCAAGGAACAGGAAAUUAGCGAACUUAAAUAUAUUAUAGCAGAGAAGGACUCCCAAUUGUCUCUCCAAGCCAGCAUGGAGCCUCAGUCAGACGAGUUCGAGUUACGCGAAAUGGUGCAAAGAUUGACUACUGAAUUAUACGGUAAGGAACAGGAAAUACAACAUUUGAAAUCAACAAUUGUCGAAUUGCAGAAAGAAGUUUCUCGUUUGCAAGAGAUUGAGAGACUUUCGGAGGAAACUAAAGAUGCCAUUGAGAAACUUAACAUGGAGAAGGAACAGGUUCGCGUAGAGGCGCAGGAAUUCUUGGAAAGACAGCUGAAUGAGAAAGAAAAGGAAAUUGGUGAGAUAAAACAGAGGUUAGCGAUGGAGAAUCAAAAUAUCCUGGAGGAGUUACAGCUAAGAGACAAGGAUAUCGAGAAUUUGAAGAAGAAGCUGAGCGAGUUCUCUGUGAUGGAGCAAACGAUGAAAGACGAGUUGAACCAAAAGGACAAGGAAUUGGAAAGAGUAAACUCCGACUUGGCGGAAAAGGAAAGAAGUUUGGCCGAAUUGAGCAUCACCAAAGACACGGAGCUUCAUAACUUGAAAAUUCAAAUUCACGAGAAGGAAGCACGCAUCGAGGAAGUUCUAGCAUUAUGCGACGAAGAAGGGAAACGAGUAAGCGAACUGAAAAACACCUUAGUGGCCAGAGAAACUGAAAUCAAUUCCUUGAAGUCUCUCCUCGAGGACAAAGUGAAAGAAUAUCAAUUAAUUCAAACUGCGCUAAAGAAGGAUGUUCCUAUAAUCGAUACUUCAGCAGUUCGGAGCGUAGAAAUUUCUGAUGAAGAAAGUAAAACGACGACCUCCCAAGAGCUAGAUCUUGCAUUGUAUAUGCUUCAUCAAAGAGACGUCAGAUGCGAAGAACUGACGCACGAAUUAAUGCAGUUACUUGAAGAACGCGACACGUUGCAAUUACGCCUCUCUAAUGCGAUUAGAGUAAACGAGGAGCUGAGGAAAAUGAGUGGUUCAACGAGCUCUGAUCUCAGUUCAAAGAAGGACGUUGCCACUUCCAGUAGUGUAGAACCGAUCGUAGAACAUCCAUCACCGUCCAAGUCCGAGGGACCAGUUGAGAUAGCUAAGGAAGCUAUUGAUGCUCCGAUUGGCGAGGACAAGGAAAUCCUUGCCUUAAAGCUGUCACAGCUGCAAACGGUGAGCCAUGCAAAAGACGUGCGACUGAGGGAUGAACGAGAAUUGAGGCACACGCAGCAAAUGUCUUUGCUGGCGCACAAAGAUGUUUUAAGUACCUUACCUCCCGAAGCAGCUGCCAAGCUCGUCAAUGCAAAUUAUACACUUUCUAGGGAUGUGCAGAGUCAAUCGAGCGUUUUGCUGAAUUGGCUGUGGGGAAAAAGCACGCCAAAGGUGCUACACAUGUGAUGGGGUACUAAUGAUGGUGAAGUGGACAACCUUGCCUUCUGGAUACAUUCCUGCCAAGUGCCAACUGCCGAGACUAUUCCUGUAAUUAGACUAGAUCGAACGAGAUAAGAGCAAUUAAGGAUAUUUCGAUUAACUUGUCGACGUUUUGUGAGAGCGACGUGAUUGUAAAAUGUGAUGCACGUAUUACUGGAAUCCAGGGGUGUAAAGAUGUCUGUAUUUUUGAUGCGACUAUUCUAAAGGUUGAAACAGUAACGUGUCAUGCUUCUGCAGAGGCUUUUAAAGAAACAAGUCGCUCCUCUUCGGAGCAGAAGAGACUAUGAGGAGAUGACUCAAUUGUAUUAUAAUCGUUGUAUAGCUAUUCUAUUUAGGGAAAUUGUAAACGAAACAUUGCCUUGGAGAAAAAGUGUAUAUUUCAGUUAUUUUAUUAGCUAUGAAAUUGUUAAUAGCCUAAGAUGUUUCUCGGGUAUCGAGUUGCGAUAUCUACUGGAAGUAUAUCUGUUCCAACGAUUAAUCAGUAUAGUUUGGUAAACUAUUUUGUUCAAUACGCGUUUUAUGCGAAUUGUUUGUGAUUUGUCAGCCGUUUAUUAAAACGAAUUUAUUAAAACGAACCUAGGAAAUAUGGAUCGAAUUGAGAAUAAGUAAUAAAAUGUUGGCAAAUCACACGAUGAUUGGUACUCGAUAUUAAUACUAAAAGGUUUUUAUCUAUUAAUGAAAGUGCCGCAAUUAUUUGUUGCUUUUUAAUCGUGAUGAUUCGAACUUUCUAUUUCCACGAAAUUUUGUACAAAAUGAAGAAA